UUUUGAAUAAUAUUCCAGUAUCCCACACUUUUGAUGGCAAAAGAAAUCAGAACACUUGGGGCUAUCCAAGUAAUGAUUGGUCUGAUCAACUUUGCUAUAGGAUACCUCUGGCUACGCUUAUUUACCAGACAGUAUAACUCAUUUACAUUCAACUACACACCUGUCAUCUUGUUUACGGGAUACCCAUUUUGGUCAUUCCUUUUUUAUGUCACAUCUGGAGUUCUUGCAAUAGCAGCAGAUAGGAGGCAUACUCCACUACUGCUGGGAUGCACCAUAAGGACAAACAUUAACAGUGGGAGCCUUUCAUUGGUGGCUCAGAUUUUAAUUAUAGUCGAAAUUAUAUUAGUCGCCGCAAGAAGAGUAAAGAUUCAGUGGACACACCGAAGUGGAAUGAUUCUGUCGUCCUAUUUGUGGGUUUUCUCUUGGCUAGAAAUGACUCUAGCUUGGUCGGUGGCCAGAUGGGGGAUAGAAGAGACUGAGUUUAGCGCCCUCAACAUAUAAUGUACUCAGUACCAGAAGGAGAACACGCUUUAUGAUCAAAGACUUGUGGUGGUUUUUUCGCUUUGUCUGGUGGUUCCAUGGAAGCCAUGCUCAGAAGGAUUCACAUUAAUCUUGUCUGCCUUAGAAGUACCCAGAUCUCAGGAAAAGAAUCUAUUCAUCCUCUAUAAAUCCUAUAUCAUAUCUCAGUUAAGAUGCCAAGAAGAUUUCCCAUAAGAAAGGAAACCAAAGCACUGGGGGCUGCGCAAAUAAUGAUUUCCCUGAUUCUCUAUGCAUUUGGAGUUCUCUGGGUUUUUUUGCAUUCUCUAGAAGAGAAGUCAAAUAGUGUUGGUACUACCCUUAUGAUGAUUUUAAUAUUUUACUCAUGUGGGUCAGCAAUAUUUUUCAUGAACUCAGGAGCGUGGAGCGUCAUACAGAAGCCUCAUACGCUGUGUAAGGUUAUUACAGCAAUUGUAAUGAACGUCUUAAGUAUCUGUGUGGCUACACUUGGUUUAAUUGUGUUAGUCGUUGAGUUUGUGGCUUUUGAAGAAAUGUCAGAUGAAUACACUUGGUCAAAUAUGUGUGGUAUGUUGCUUGUACAUUUUACCAUCCUCUGCACCAUCACAGAGCUGAUUCUUGCCAGCGUACUUGCCCACUGGUUUAAAACAUCUCUUCGAAAAGAACGAUACAGUCAAGAACGUUCCUUAUCUUCGACAGAAUACUCGUACUCCUCGGUCACCCCAUAAUUGCAAAGAACGGAUGUGAUUCUCAUCAAGAUUAAUCGUGAAUUCAUGAAGAACUGUGAUUAUUUUCCAAAAGUCUCCUGGAAAAUGCAUUCUAAUGAAGUCAUUUCCAAUGCUCUUUUUUUCUAGUUCUUCAAUAAAGGAUGCAAUAUGAUCACAAA